AUGCCUCAGGACCGCGACCUCUCAGCCUUCAAUCGCACCCACAAAUCACACAGCAAGCUUGCACUCUCGCUGCCCAGCAAGAUUCGCGGCGUCAAUCUCGGCGGCUGGCUCGUGUCCGAGCCAUGGAUGAUGCAGCAAGAAUGGACGCAAGUCAUCGGCUGCGCGGCAUGUUCGGACUGCAAUUCCGGACAGUGCUCGGAAUUCGACUGUGUAAGCGCCUUGGGGCAGUCUGUGGCCGAUGAAAGAUUCGACAAGCACUACGAGGGCUGGAUUACGGUGAACGAUAUACAGCAGAUCCACGAUGCGGGUUUGAACACGAUAAGGAUUCCGAUUGGGUAUUGGAGUCUGAGGGAUAUUGUGGAUAGUAGCGAGCAUUUCCCGAAUAUCAAUUUGAAAUAUCUAGACGCCGUGAUCCAGAAAGCUGCGGAUUUGGGCAUGUUUGUUGUUAUGGACUUGCAUGCUGCGCCGGGUGCGCAGAAGACGAUGGAUGCUUUUACGGGACAGUGCCUGCCAAAAGAAUGGCUGCCAGGCUUCUUCACUCAGCGCAACUACGAUCGAGCCAGCAAAUGGCUCGACUGGAUGACCCGGCGAAUCCACAACACGCCAUCUUAUAAGAAAACUGUCGGCAUCCUCGAAGUCGUCAAUGAGCCCCAAUCCGACCGCGAAGGCAGGCCGCCAGAGGAAAUCAAUACCUUCACGCAAGUGUAUUAUCCGCAAGCGUUAAAAGCUGUGCGAGACGCGGAAGCCGCUCUCAAUAUCCCCACCAACGAGCGACUCGGCGUACAGUUCAUGGACUCGCAGUGGGGCGCCGGAAACCCAAAGUCGAAUCUUCCGUCCGAUAACAACAUCGUCUUCGACGACCACAACUACGUCGGCGGCGCAGUCACGCAAGCCAGCCAUCCGGGCCACCCCGAAGACGUCAAGCAGGCCGACUACAUGUGGUACACAUGCUUCACGGACAAUCGACUCACGGACAACGAUACGCCCAAGGUUGUGCAGGAAUUCAGUCUUACAGUCGAUCCUGGGAUCGAGGGAAACAGUGAGUUUGACUGGAAGGCGGGGCAGAACCAGGCGUUUUACAGACAGUGGUGGAUUGCGCAGCAGAGACUGUAUGAGCAGACGAAUGGAUGGAUCUUUUGGACAUGGAAGGUGCAGCUGGAUAAUCCGAGAUGGGGUUACCAGAAGGCGGUGAGUCAAGGGUGGAUUCCGGGAAGCGCGGCGGGGUUGGAUGCGGGUAGGAUGACGGAUGUCUGCAAGGAGUACUUUGGGAUGUCGGAUGGGAGGUCGUAG